CCCAUAGAUGACGUGUGUCCCCGGUGGUUUAAUUCUGCUGUGUCCUGUGCCCACCUAUUUUCCACCACAUUGUCAUCAGUUCAAUAUUCAUUCGCCAUAAUAAAUAUCUAAAAAUAGUUAAAAAUUUGAUAAUUAUUAAAUAGAGGAAAAAUGAUUAAGUACACGGGAUUAUUGAUAUUUGUUGUAGUGCAGUGCGCAUCUGGAUUGUAUUUUCACAUUGGAGAAACCGAACGAAAGUGUUUUAUAGAAGAAAUUCCAGAUGAAACUACUGUUUUAGUCAACUACAAGGUGGAACUGUUCGAUCCCAGGAGUGGUGGGUUCAUGCCAAGCAGCCCUGGCAUAGGUAUGCAUGUUGAAGUUCGCGAUCCAGAUGACAAAACUAUUUUAUCCCGAGUCUAUAGCUCGGAAGGAAAAAUUUCUUUCACUUCGCACACUCCUGGAGAACAUGUUAUUUGUCUGUACUCCAAUAGCACUGCUUGGUUCAGUGGCACACAAUUGAGAGUCCAUUUAGAUAUUCAAGUCGGUGAUCACACCAUUGAUUAUGCAAACUUGGCGCAAAAAGAGAAAUUAUCAAAACUCCAAUUGAGAAUUCGUCAGCUAUUAGAUCAAGUUGAGCAAAUUACUAAAGAGCAGAAUUAUCAAAGGUAUCGAGAAGAACGGUUCAGACAAACAUCAGAGAGCACAAAUCGCCGAGUAUUAUGGUGGUCAGUUACUCAGACGGUAAUUCUCCUAGCCAUGGGGACCUGGCAAAUGCGACACUUGAAGAGCUUCUUCGAAGCAAAAAAACUCGUAUAAAAUCAAUCAUCAUGUGCGAUUCAUAUUUUUUUAUUGAGAUAAAUUUGGCAAAUUCUCAAAUAGAAUGAUAGAGCGUAAUGGAAUUGAAUCGCGUAUGGCCAUUGAUUACGCAUACAUUUGUAGAAAAUCAGUCUAACCAUAAUCCUCUCUGAAAGUGGCUACUCUGUAGCCACUGAAAAAAUUUAAUCAAGUUGAUAAAAUUUGAUCAUUUUCUGAAUUAAAUAUCAAAAUAAAUGCGUCUGUUCAGGCAAAAAUAUUGACACACAUUCUGUACAGCUAUUAUUAUGUUCUUCUUUAAUUUUUGAAUUGAAUAAACAUUUAGUUGAUGAAAA